UCUCUCAUCUGUUUUUAUUUCUCUCUCUUCUUCAACCUCCAAAAACCCUAAAAAAUAUUUCUUUUUGUCUUGACAGAUCAAUGGUUAGAGAUUCCAUUGCUAAGUAGCCUUCAUUUUCGCUGGUGAUCUUUUUCUUCUCUUCUUCUUCUUUUCAUUUUUUUUUUCUGGUUAUACAAAAUCCAAACAUCACCCAUUUUUGGAAUGAUUUGGAUGCUGUGAAUCUGUGAUGUGAUCCUCCAAAAAAAAAGCCCUUUUUUUUUUCUCCUUUCUAAAGGUUUAUCCAUCUUUCCUCCUAGGUUUUCAGUUUUAUUCUCUUCUCUCUGAAAAAAAAAACAUUUUUCCGGUCAGGUUUUAGGAACUUUAAUGUCCUCCCACUAAGGUUUAUCCCUCGUUCCAUAUUUAGACCCAUUUGUCCUCUCUCUCCCUCUCUCUCUCUCUCUCUCUCUCUCUCUCUCUCUAGCCUAGCUUCAAAACCCUAUUCUUCUUUUUCUUCUAAAAUGGCAUCUUCAAGAAAACCAAACAAGGGAAAGAAACCAAAACCAAGAACCCACGUCAAGAAACAGCUUCGACAACACAAGAACACGGCAUCUCUCGAACAAACGUCUCCAUGCCGAGCCUCUUCGACAGCAACGAGUUCUUGCCUUUCUUCGACGUCUGCUUCCCCAUUUACAAAUCCCGACGAUAACUCUCCGCCGUCACCUGGCGGCGAUGGGUGUCGCACUCCGAAGGCUCGGAAGUUUCGGAUACCGGAGAUGCUGACGUGUCCGCCGGCGCCGAAGAAGCGAAGGGCCGUACCGAAUUGCUCGUUGCGACGGAGACCUAUCGCUUUCUAUGCGCCCCCUGACAUAGAGCUCUUCUUCGUCUUCGCUUGCGGAGAGCAAGUCAAUUAGGGUUUUGGUGUUCUUAGGGUAUGGCGUUAACACGCAAGCAGGUGAUCAAAGUUUGAUUUCUAUAGCUUGGAAUCUCGAUGAAUCUGAGUUUAGUUUGUUUGAAAUACAAAUAAUGUUUAAAGUAUUAUAUAUAUAUAUAUUAUAUCUUUUGAUUUUUGAUGGUUUUGGUUUAUUUUUUGUCAUUUGGGUUCGUUUUGGGAUAAUUUCAAUUAAUUUAUCCCUAAUUAAAUACAAAGCUUUUUGUAUUAUUUUAAUGUUUUCCUUUUUUUUAAUCUUUAAUGUCAUCCUGCUAAUGACUUUUGCUCAUUUAGAUUCCAAAUCUUCAUGUA